AUGGAACAUCUUCAUUCGCAAUCUCCUGCUAGUUAUAUGCCAUCAUCACGAAAAAGCCGCAUGGCCAUCGAUGCCCUGCUGAACCCGUCAGCAGAGUCUGAAAAUUCUCCUCAACUGCAUUACGCCCAUCCAGGAUCGCAGUAUUCACCUAUCUACCCUCCCAGUCCUAGUCAUCACUACUUCUAUCACCCAUACACAGAUAGCCACCAUCACCACCACCAUCCUUACCGGGAAAGUUCUGGCUCCUCGCAAGACCAGGCGUUCUUGCCAUAUCGACCACGGUCGACGGAGUCCUCGCCAGGGGCGUACUCUCGGGACCGGUACGACUCGGUCUCAAGCAGUUCUAGCAAUGCCCCAGAGCGGCGACGGCCCCCUCGACCUAAGUACGAGGAAGAGGAAAUGUACUUCAUUUGGUAUCACCGCGUGGAUCUGUGCCAAGAGUGGAAGGAAGUGCGCGAGAGCUUUAACCGACAAUUCCCUAGCCGGCAACGACGCGGAUUCCAAGGAAUCCAAUGCAAAUUCUACCGAUUCAUCAAGGAGAAGAAGUGCCCAACGCUGCGAGAGCAGAGACGCAUGCGCGAUGGCGAGUUCCUACGAGAGGGGUCAGGGCUAGUUGAGUCGGCCGCACCACGAUUCGGUGUCGUGGAAUGGAUGGGAGCGUGGUAUCCUUGGAUGCGAGAAACCAAAGAACAAGUCCUCAGUCGACGCAUAUCACAUUAA